AUGAGAAUUGCUACGCUACAAAUCGCCCCGAAACUGGGUGAUGUGGAUGGGAACAUCCGACGCGCAAAUGAGCUGCUCAAGAAUGGCAAGGCCGUUUCCAUUGGUGGACAGGAUCUAGGGAUUGGGAUUGGAGCGGAGCAGUUGAGACCGGAGCUUUUGGUCUUGCCUGAGAUGGCCUUGACAGGUUACAAUUUCCCCUCAUUAGAGGCGGUAAAACCCUUCCUUGAGCCCGUCGGCAAAGGCCCCAGCGCUGCAUGGGCACGCGAAACGGCGCAACGCCUCCAAUGCAAAGUCUGCGUGGGAUACCCUGAGAUCGAGAACGAUGAGUUGAGUCAAGACAUAAGAUUUUACAACUCGCUCGUGGUCGUCGAUGAGAACGGCGACGUCAUCCACAACUACCGCAAGAGCUAUCUGUAUUUUACCGAUGAGACCUGGGCUGCAGAGGGGGAUGUGGAGCGGGGAUUUCGCGAGCUCUGCUUUCCCUCUCAGGGUAAGUUUGAAAAGGGACAAGGGUCGGUGUCUACUGCCGAUCAUGCAGAUGCAAGUGAUACCCCCCGACAUGCAUCCGAGAAGCGGGUCGCCGCCACUUUUGGCAUCUGCAUGGAUAUCAACCCCUACAAAUUCGAAGCGCCAUAUACAGCAUAUGAAUUUGCCAACCGAGUCCUCGACUCCAAGACGCAGCUGGUCGUUUUGUCCAUGGCGUGGUUGACGCAUAUGAGUCGGGAAGAGCUGGAUGGACUACAUGGCGAGCCGGAUCUGGAUACAUUGAACUACUGGAUUCAGCGGUUCUGGCCGCUGAUCGAGAAGAAGAUGCAACAUGCGGAGAAUGUGGACGGGCCCGAUCUGGAAGGAGACGGGACCGCCAAGCACGAGCACAAGAAAGGAAAGCAGGUGGUGAUCGUCUUUGCCAAUCGCUCCGGGGAAGAACCCGCGGCAGAUGAUGAGAAGCCACCCGCACGUUAUGCGGGGACGAGCACCGUCAUUGCUGUGACGCAGCGGCCUCGAGGGGGUUCGGAUGGGUCAGGUGUUGGGGGCGCGGUGGAGAUCGACGAGGGCCGCGACUUUGAUGUGAAGAUCCUCUGCUGGGAUCUGCUGGGCGCGGGGGAAGAAGGCAUCUGUUUCGCGGAUACCACGGCAGAUCCGAAAAUGGUGUUUGGAUUGAGGAGCAAGUCGCGCGGGGAGUGA